CAUUCACAGACUGUCACAGACAUGGACCGCUUGUUUUGUUUCACGCUCUUGCUCACAUACCUGCCAGUAACAGAGAGUACGGAGGACUGUUUAUCCCAGCCAAACAAGAUGAUCUGGCGGAAAACAGGGCAGAGUGUUUCUCUCAAAUGUAGCCUCAGUUCAAAUUGCUUACCCAAGGACUUGCAGUUUGAGUGGUUUGCUAUCAAGGAAAACGUCCAUCUUCCUCUCAACGUGAGUAUGAAUCCUCACAAGUACAGCCUGGACAAAGCCUCUUUAAACAUCAUGUCACUUCACACAAAUGAGAGCGGGAUCUACUACUGUGCAGUAUUUUCUGAAUGCACAGCACCGGGCAUACCGUAUGUAGCGUUGGGUACCACUCUUGUGGUGACGGGUAAGUGUCUGAUUUUAAAGGUACAGAUGUUUGAAUGUGUUGAUGUAGAUGAAUUGGGAUUAACAACCUUUUUGUUGUUGUUCUCAGAGCACAUUACACUAGUGAGGCACAUUCUUCUUUGGUUAUCAUUUGCCCUCUUGGCCACCUACAGCUUGGCAAUAGUGACACUAAUUCUAAAGAAGUGUGGCUGCAAAACGGGCGUCUGCAGAAAGAGGGGGGAAACAGAUAAGACUCCGAGAGAGAUACAUUCUUUUAAAACAACACACUUCCGAGAUGUCCUGCAAGAAAUGUACAGCAAAAGGAAUUUGGAGAAAGGCAUUAAAGCUGAGAACAAAAAACGCUCUCAAGCUGAGGCUCCAAGCACCGAGUUCAACUGCUCAACUGAUGACAUCUAUCAAAACGUCUAAGUGUCAUCGAUGUAAAUUACCUCCAACAUCCAGACUGAGAGGAAAUUCCACAGCCGUUAAAUACCUGGCACAGGAUGCCGUGAAGAGACACAGGAAAUUACCAAAUCAAAGGCUGUAAGUUAGUCGAGUGCUUGUUCGCCUUUUCUCACGAAGGGAAACACAACGAAGAUCCUCAGUUUUUCAGUUUCGUUCCUUUUAAAAUCAAAGUAGUGUUUACCUUUUGAAAAGAAACUAAAGAAAACCCAAUCCGAUUCAGAAAUGAGGCACAUCUUUUUACUUCAUCAAUUUAAUUUCUUCCAUACAAGUUGUUUGAUAGAAAAAAUAAAUAGUGAAUUGCAUUUUCAGAAACAGAGAAUAGAAAGUCACAUUUUCAGGAAACAACUACCACAUCGUUCACUAUGGAAAGUAAAAAUCAGAACUGUGCAACAGUGCAAGAAGACAAUGCAAUUUCCCUUUUUCAACAAUUAAGGUAAAAACAAACUAGUUUCAACAUUCUGGGAAAAAAGUAUUUACAAGAUUGCUCAUUAAAAAAUAUAAUGACAUAAAGGGAACAUUGCCGAUGACUUGCAUACAAUACAGUAGACAAUGUUGCAUUAACAAGGCAAACGUUUUGUAUUGUUUAGUAUUUGCUAAAAAAAGAAAAGACGUUUAAAUUACAAAAACGUCUAAAUGCAAUCAUUUUACAAUCUGAUAUGUUUCAUCAUAUUCGGUACAACACCUUGUAUUUAUUUACUGAAAAUGCCCAUAGAAACGUUUCUGCCAGUUAACAUUAGCAAUUACUUCAUAAAGUCAAAUUGGAUGUUUACAUACACAAUGUUAUACAUUCAAAGCUGUGAUAUGCACUCUUUAACUUAUACAACAAUCACACAUAUAAAGAAAUGACAAAUAGCUCAAAACAAGGCUGCCAGACUAGCUCUCCACUGUUCGAAGCGCACUCAAAUUGGAGUUAUGCAUAGAAACCUAUCAUGGCUUCCGGUUGAGAAACAUCAGCAAUCUCGUGUUAUCACUUUUCUAAAAAAAAUCCAAUUUAGCAAAAAAACAUUGUAUUUUUAUGAUCAAAUAGUUUACACAAGAGACGAGCAUGACCAUAAGACUAGACAAGCUACAUCAGGCCAUCUACUGGCACCUAAACCCAGGACCAAUCUUCUGAAACCUUCUGUGUCUUAUAGAGCUAUAAAGGAAUGGAACUCAUAGCUAAACUACCUUACUGAAAUAGAGUCUAGAGCCUCUUUCAAGAAGAGAUUUAAGGGCCAUCUACUAAUGACCAUGUACCCUGUGAGCUGUGAACCCUAAUUUAAUUUGAUCUCAUGCUUUGUACUGGUGGGUGUCUUGUGCACUCAUCCUUGGCUGAGAUCGAAAUUGAAAGUGGAUGAGAUUGUUGAUGAUGUUGGAGAUUGUUGAUGAUAUUGGUGAUGUUAUUAAUGUUGUUAAUGAUGUCAGGGCUUAUGUCUUGAAUGUUGUUGUAUUAUUGUUUUAAGUGUCGGACCCCAGGAAGAGUAGCUUUUGUCAAGAGUAAAAGCUAAUGGGGAUCCUUAAUAAACACAUCAUGCCUUCUAUCUCUUUAAGCUCAAAGGUAUGAGCCAUGCUGUGAUUA